AUGCAUCUGCCAUCACUCGUCGCGUUCUUCGCCGCACCUUUGCUGGCAGCUUCCUCCCCGGUGACUCCCUCGUCCGAGAUAGAACCGCGGCAAGUGUACGGCGUCACCUCAAAAUACUGCUCCACCGCCUCCGGCAACGUGCCGAGUCUCUGCUUUCUUCAGUAUUACACCUCGGCCACCGCGCCCACCUACCGCAUCGCCCUGCCCUCUGACGCGACCAACAAUGCGGCAUACGACACCAUCCUCCAGAUCAUCUCCCCCGUUGCCCAGACAUGGGUUGGCUUUGCCUGGGGCGGCGGGAUGACCAACAAUCCGCUCACGGUUGCGUGGCCGAACGGAAACUCGGGUCAGGUGUCUGUGUCGUCGAGGUGGAGCGCCGGCCGCACUACCCCUGGCCUCUACAGCGGUGCCACCCUGCGCACCCUGUCGACAGCACGCAACUCGACGCACUGGACCGUCGAGGUUGUCUGCACGGGCUGCAGCAGGUGGAACAGCCAGCAAAACGGCGGGCGCCUCGAAACACAGUCUGGCAGUGCGUCGACCUUUGCCUGGGCCAUCAGCCGCACCGCCGUGCCCCAGCCUUCGAACCCAUCCGGUAGCUUUCCUGUGCACAACAACCAAGGCAUGUUUAGCAACGCGCUGGACUUUGGCAAGAACGCUAGGGCCACGUUUACGCAAUAUGUUCAGAACAAGCGGUCAUGAUAUGUGCAGGAGUAGAUUAUUAGUAUAGAGGCCUAUAUAUGGUACAACAAAGAUUGGUAUUAGGCAAACGCCCCC